AUGAAGAGGUCAAGUAUUGACACAAGGGUGGAGAGACUUUUGAGGUUCGAGGAGGAGAAGAAGGGGUGGAAAGAUAUUGAGAAAUCCUCGAAGAGCCUGAGGUUGGAUAAGUCUGAAGAUUCAGCAGGGGUUAAGAGAGAAGGAAUUGAAGGACUAAAUGUUCCUUAUAAUAAAUCUGUCCUGAAAGUUAAGUCUUUCUUCCAAAAUGGGCCGAAGAGUUAUAUUAAUAAAUAAAUAUGGAAGAAGGGCUGGUGGAGAAGACAUGUAUUUGCAAGAAAGUGGGCAUAUCAGUUAUUUUCAUAAGAUGAUUUAUGAUUACCACAAACAACAUUCUCAAGAAAGAAGUAACAAGGAUGUACAAAGAGCUAUCCAGAGACCGACAAAAUUAUUUAAAAAUUUUAAGAUAGAUAAAAUAAAACAGAGAGAGAAGGGUAACUUAAGGAAGAGGAACAACAAGAUUUCAAUAACGAUUUCUAACCCUCCAAAGCCUCAAGUAUUUCAGAAUUAUUCUGUGAACUCGAGAAAGCCUAGGAAAUCAUCUAUGCUAUCAAAUUCAUCUGGGAUGAUAAAUACUCCAAUGAGCUCUGCAUAUUCAAAUGAGACUUCUUUCCAACUCGAUUCAUCAAAAUCUGCGUAUUCUCAGGUAAUUCAGUGGGCAAAGAAAUCUGAAGUGUUUGGUAACAGGAUUGCCAAGAUUCAGCAUUUUCAUGAAAAAUAAGGCAAAAAGAAGAAGCAUCAAUACAAUUAAUCAAACCAGACAAGCCUUUGGGAAGUUCUUCACUACAAAGAUCUUUGAUGCUCUAGCGAGAGAUGGUCAUCUACCAGCAGAGCUGGUCCAGAGGAACAAAGCAAGAAUCAAGCGUUAUCUUGAAGAGAAAUUCAAUGAAGAAGAUAAGUAUGGGGGUGAGCAGGACCAAAAUGGAUAUUUUGGAUAUGAAGACCCUGAUUUCUGGUACAGACACGGGUUCCACCUAUCUAAGGAGAAACACAUUGGGAGAAUAAAGAAUGUUAGAAAGAAAAUGGCUAAAGAGUUUUUAAAGGGGCAUGAAAGUUGGGAGAUUCUGUAUGGAAUCUCUCUAUGAAACCUUAUGUUAGGCAGAUAUAAAGAAUCUCUUGAUAUGAUCUAUCAAGUUUCUGCUAUGAAAAAGCAUUCUGAUAGAUUUAAAGCAAAAUUUUUGUAUCUAGCUGCUCUAAAUAACCGUAAAUUGGGUUAUUAUUCAGAUGCUAACGUUGUCUAUAACCAGUUAUAAUCAAGAUUACUAAAUACGAAGACGGCAGAUACUUAAUCAAGUACACUAUGGGGCUGAUCUUAGUCCCAUUAGUUGAAGACAGGAAUAAAAUAACAGGCCUCAUAGAAAGUCUUUCAGAACUCAUUGAUUUUUACUGUAUUGAUGAACCUCAAGAUUACAUUAGUGUCAGUUAUAGCUAUGAAGCAGAGAAAUGGCUGUUUAAGGAAAAUGCUAUAAGUUACCUCAAAACAUUAAAGUUUUUCGAAAGAUUCACAACAGAGGAAUUAGGCAAAGAUGUUCUUCCGUUCUUAAAGCUUAAAAAGUAUAAAUAAAGAUGAAAUCAUUUUCCCUGAUGGAAAGCAUGUCUAUAUUAUCAUCAGUGGAGAUGUAAUUUUGAGGUCUCAUGAGGAAAAGAUCUCACCCUGAAAAAUUCUCGCAAGAUUUAGACAAGGCGAUGUUAUUGGAUCUGAGUGAGAUCUCCCUCAAAAUUUAAAAUUGAAAGAUGAAGGCGAAGUUGAAAUAGCUGAAACUUUGAAGGUAGAGAAUUGGUGAGUAGUCAGGUGACCAACAGUGACAGCAGUGCUUAAAAUAGAAGAUUUUAAUAGAAUAUUUGACAAAAUAUCUAGAAUUAGGGACAGAUUUGUAAAGAUACCAGAAAUCCAAUCUAUUCAUCUCUUCACUCAUUUAUCUAAAAUUACACUCCACAGGAUCUUGGAUAUUAUGAAGGUGGUAGAACUUCCUGCUGGGGCUUUAAUAUCUGCUCAAACAAAGAGUUCAAAAUUUAACUUUGCUUUUCUCAAUUACAACAUGAAGAAUUCAAUUAUAUCAAUUGAUAACAAAUAAACACAUUAGUACUGAUGCUGACAUUCUGAAUCGUAGGAACAUUUCAUUUGUGAUGAGGAUCUUUAAGAAAGAAACUCCUGAAGCUAGUGAGGAGUCUAUCCAUAGUGAUAGUCUGUCUGAUGAAUCCUUCUUGGGUCCUCCCAAGAAAGCAAAGCAAUCCUUUUCUAAGUUAAAUACUUUCUCUGUCAGUAAAUUGAGCAAGGUUGAGUUUGUGAAUAAGCCUAAGCAGCUUAAAAGAAGAGUUGCAGUCAGAAUGCCCAUACACAAAACAUUUGAUAGUGAAAAUGAUGGGGUCUAUAUUGUAUCUGACGGUAUAUGUGUGUGAAAAUAACAGAUCUGAUAAUUUUGAAGUCACCAAACUAGUAAGAGGGGAUUAUUGGGGAGAAGGCUCUAUUCUUACUAGAAAAGACUUUACAGAAUAUGGUGAUAUAUUCGCCGAAACCCAAGUCGAGCUCAUGUGGAUCCCCAUUAAUGAGUUUAAACAGCUAAAUGUAUAUGAGCUCUUCAUUAUGAUGACUCAGGGUCGCCCUGAGAAGUAUAUCGGUGUUGAAUACACAAUAAAGGAAAGGUAUGAAAAUAAGCGCAAAUCAAGAUUUUAA